GCCAUUCUCUUGUGUGCUUCCAGUCAGAACAAUUACCCAAAAUGACGGGCUCCUUCCAGGACUUUUAAAUUAUUACUGUUUUAUUUAUUUUUUUAAGGCAGUUGUGAUAUAUAGGAUAUAAAUAUUUAGAAGGGGAGAUUAACAAUGUCUAGGUACCAUAAAGCUGCGAUUGACGGGUACUUGGAUCUACUGAAGGAGGCCACGAAAAAGGACUUGAACACACCGGACGAGGAUGGCAUGACACCCACCCUAUGGGCUGCCUUUCACGGGCACGGCGAUGCCCUUCAGCUGAUAUGCAGUCGGGGCGGAGACCCAGACAGGUGUGACAUCUGGGGAAACACACCGUUGCACCACGCUGCCAACAAUGGCCACAUGCACAUCCUCAGCUUUCUGGUCAACUUCAACGCCAACCUUUUCGCCCUGGACAACGAGUUCCACACGGCCAUGGAUGUGGCCGCGUCGCGCGACCGCAUGGACUGCGUGCGCUUCCUGGACGCCUCCGCCUCCCAGCGUACCACCAAGGACCCUAGGCGAGUGGCGAACCUGAAGAAGGAGGCCACCAAAGAGGCAGAGAAACGAGUGAAGCUCUGCGAGAAGGUCAAGAAACGCCACCAGACCAAGAUGGACAAGAUGUACCAGACCAACAGCGGGUCCAUAUCCAAACACGGCACCGGGGCGCAGACAUCCACCACGGGCUCCCUGUCCAAUGAGCAGUUCUCCCAGCUCAUCAAUUCCAAGCCGUCUGGUUCACUCUCAAAAAGCGUCAUGGGAACCCUGCAGAGAUUUGGGAAGAAAGAUAAGGGGGGCACCUUACCAAAAGGGGGAGGGGACGGGAAUGUCGUCUUCGGGACCCAGGGGAACCCAGAGUUUCUGGGCGUCUUCAGCGAGCAGGAAGAGAACGAGGAGGAAACGGAGGACGCCCACAGGGGCGAGGAUGACGCGGAAGGCGCCCAAAACAAACUUUCCAUCUUCAACCGACCUGGCCUCGGGGGUCUGACCUUCAUGAAAAAGUUGGGUUCGGAUGCCGACGACAUGCCCAACGAGAGCAACGAGAACCUGGGCUUCCUCGUCCAAAACGAGAUCUUCGGGGCGGGAGACGACGAUGGAGGAGCCGGCGGCUUUGACGCCGACGUUCCCUGGGAGCAGGACGAGCUGGGGCUGGACGACGAGCUUGACGAGGAGACGUCCCCUUUGGACACCUUCUUGUCGACCCUCUCCCUGCAGGAGUUCACCAUGGCGUUUAACCGGGAGAAGCUGGACCUGGAGGCACUCAUGCUCUGCUCCGACGAUGACCUCAAGGGCAUUCGCAUCCAGUUGGGCCCGAGGAAGAAGAUUCUAGAGGCGGCUGCUCGCAGAACAAGUGCACUUUCAAGUCCUGGCAAAAUGAAAGUCACCGUCCUGUGAUAGGAUCGGAACUAUUGAACUGUUGAUUAGCAAUGCUGUUUAAAUAUAAAAAACAAAUCAACCGCUGUGUUUUUCGGCAUGACCCAUGUGUCUGUAUUUUAAUAAAAUAGUGAAAGUUGGUGACACAAUUCAUUUAAUAAAACGUAUUUAACAGAUAAUUUGUCAAAUGUGUGAGGAUGUUGAUAUUGUCAGAAACCCAGGAGGGUUUAAACCGCAAUAUGAAUGUCAUGUAUUAUUAUACCUGGCAUUAAGGUUAACCACAACAUAUGGCAAAAAGCCACAUACAAGUAAAAUGAAAUAAUCGACUUGAUUGCGUGUUGAUUUAUUAUUGAAUAAAAUGUAUUUCACAGAUGUUUUGUGAAAUGUGUGAUUAUGUUGAUAAGGUCAGGAACCCAGGAGGUUAAACCAUGACAUGAAUAUCGUACAUCAUUACACCUUGCAUUAAUGUUAAGCAUAACAGACGGUAAAAAGCUACAAGAACUUCUACAUAAUCUACUUUAUUGCUAUGGCUACAAUUUAAGAAAGUUAUUAUUUGAUAGCAAAGAACAUCGACAACUAGGAGUGUAUCUUCAAACGGGGUCAGCACUAUGUUCCCACAGCCCAAUGGUCCCGCAGCCCAAUGUCCAACAUUUCUAAGGAUUCCUUUUCAAUGAAAAUUUUGUAAAUUAGGCCCUAGUGUUCCCACAGCCCUAAGUUCCUAGAUUUCUAUGAUUUUUCUUAUUUCUAAGUUUUUUCUCAAAAUUAAACCCUUUGGUCCCACAUUUCUAGGACAUUUUCAAAAUGAGGUCUUGCCUUCCUUAUAUUUC